CAAGAAAAUAAAUUGAUAUUCAAAUGGCUGCAUAUCUUCAUGAGCAUGACAUGAAUGUAGAAGAGAACAGAUUUCCAUGACACCAUCAAUCUUUAACCAAGUCAAUGUAUAUUGUUUAUAAAGGUUCGAUUGAAUCUUCAAAUGCAAUAGCAUAAUAAGUCUAUGAAUAGAGACAGCAAUUCCAUGAAUAUUGCAAAAAAGACACUUCUCUGUGGUGUCACUGUAGUUGAUAAAUCAAUUGCAUCAAGUAGCAGAACUGAUAGCUUGGAAGCCAACUGGGGAUCUGUUUCAGUCAUGAAAAUCAGUUAUACUGGUGAUGACAGUGAGGUUGUUGAUAGUGCUACUGUCUUGCCAAAACCAGUGGCAGCAACCACUUCUCCUCUCUCGGGCCGGGCAGAUCUUGAUGGUGGGAGUAAGGAGACAGCCCACAAUAAACCCACUGCCAUUCCCGUGACAGUUGUGGCAGAGGGUGUUCCUGAAACCAGCCGGAAAAAGAAGGGUCAGGGCAAACUUCCUGCCGUGACUAAGGCAGUAGCCCAGACCACCAGAUUUGAACAGCCGUCCUUGACUGAUCAGAAUGCUACACUUGGAGAUGCCGGAGCCCAAACAGCACCCACUCCCACGCCAUUGGCAGUGUCUAAGGCGCCAGUUCCGGAGGCUAAGCAAAGGGGCGAAAGCAAGGGUGAACCGUCAGGUAAAGCAACACCUAAAGACGCACCCAAGCCAGAGAAACCAUUGUUCCAGGGGGUGAAGGGUCCCAAGAACACAAGCUUGCAGGAGACAACAACACAAGAAGGAAAUGAAGAAAGGGAAGACAUAUUGGGAUUGAAUCUAGUCACCAUGGGGGUGACACAUCAGUGUUUUGCUUCAAUCAAAAUAUUAUGCAGAGAUAGGGGAGAGCAUCGGUUCAGUUCAGUCGGUUUCGUCCAAAAACUGAAUUAACCAAAAAAAAUUUACCCACAUU